ACUGUUGACUCUCUCUUCGUGUCCGCACACUUGGCGCUGACAGCUCAGGUGAAGCUGCUGCUCUUGGCUGAAAGCCGAGGGUUAGCGAUGAGCUAGCAGCUAGCUCCAUUGCAAGAUCAGCACCUAAUGUAUGCGGAAUGCGCAACCGUUGCGGAUGUGGUGCAGACACAAAUGCGCAUCGAUGCGACAGAAAACUGAAGUUGGCAUCGUUGAGAAAUACGGAAGUGCCUGUCAUAGAAUGCUGCGCAGUUGUAAGCGGUGGUGUGUUUUGUUGUUGUAUUUCAGCUUUGGAGGCGAUUCUCUGCCUGGAUGAUGCUUCCCGCUGUAAAACACCUGGACGGUGAGAUGUAGCUCUCAGACUGCUCCAGAUGUUUUGACACAGUGUGCAGAUGUUUUGCAGUAACAUAUCGGUUCACAUGAGAACAACAGAAAUGGAUUUAAGCGGCCGCAGCUCGCAAGAGAAGUCUGUGGAUGCCAUGAUCCGGUCAUACACUACACGAGUGUAUUUCUCCCUGAGCUGCAGCAAUGAGCCGAUCGAUUUGCAUAAUAGUGUUCAAUAAUAGUAUUUACAGAUACUUUAAUAUCCUAAGAAAUCACAGCUCAUGAUUUAUCCGAUGGAGUGUACGGUAGAGUUGUAAUGUAUCCAGGCUCAGUUAGACCUUGAAGUCGUGUUGAUGGGGAAGCAGCCGUCAGAAUCGGAAUUGACCCGCCAGUCAGUUCUGCUGUAAACCAGGUCUGCCCCAUGACUGAGUACUACGAGGAAGGGGGGCUGCUGUACGAGCAAUCACCUCCCAUGCACAUCAAAGUGGAGUCUCCAGAGGGACCCUUUGGAGGGGGAGCCUCCGAAAACGGCUUCCCCAGGGAGGAUGAAGACUCGGAGGGCAGCUGUGACCAGAGCAGUGGACUACCUGGGGGGCUCCCCUUCAACGUGGUAGUGGUGCAUCCGAACAUCAUGGCACCUGGCAUGUCCUCAGACGACCUCUUGUCCAUCGAACAAAACAGAGCUAUGUCAGCUGCCCUGGCUGCUAGUGGUGCGGGGAAAAGAAAGAGUCGAUUCAGCGGAGCGGAGCUGGAGGUGCUGGUGUCAGAAGUCACUCGGUGUGAAGGAGAGCUCUUUGGUCCUGCGGGGAGGCUCCGGCGGCGGGAGAGAGAGCGCAUUUGGGCGGGAAUCCUAGAGAGGGUCAAUGCCGUGUCCAGAGUCCCACGUACCCUUCGAGAGGUGAAGAAGCGCUGGGAUGACUUAAAGAGGCGCAAUGGCGGCAGGCUGGCAGAUGCCCGCCAUCGCAGCUGUUACUUGCCAUCCAGCAGAGGGGCCUCGAUGCUUGGACGUCCUUCGCACUCGAGCACCAGGCUUCAGCAAGCCAGGCAAAAGCAAAACACUCGACCAAAGCCCAGUUUUCCAUGUUUUCCUGACUCUGAUACAGGUGUUGGAGUGGAAGGAUCAGAGAGAGAAGUUUUGGAAAAAGACGAGGACAAUCCUGAACAUGACAGAGAUAUGGGAGAACCCGAGUGUGACCCAGUAGAGAACAGCAUGGAGGACAAAUUGGGAUUAGGGCUGGGUCUCGGAAUUGGGCCACCCCCUCCAUCAGAACGAUGGCUUCCUCCUUCCCCGCUGUACAGUGCUCCUUUCCUCAAUGGCAGCCCUCCGCCCAGCAGUCCUCAGCCAUCACUUGGAGCACAGCAGGGUCCUCUUGAAGCCCCUCCACGCAGCUCCUGGCUCGAAGAUGAGCUGCGAGGGUUAGGAGAAGCAGCAAUUCAACUGGGAAAUAGGGUUGAAAAGAGUCUGCGGGAGUUUGGGGAAGGUUUUCGACAGGACAUGAGAACACUUGUUGCUUCACAAGAGGCAUUAACAGUCAGUCUACAACAAAACAAUGUCCUCUUACAAAGGCUUUUGGGAGUGCUUGAGGCCCAGCAACAACCACAGCCACAGCAACAUCGGGUACAACAAGUGCACCAAUCACAAACCUCUCAACAGCAAUUACAGGCACAGCCCUCUCUGCAUCCGCUGCAACAUAUAGAACCACAGCAGCAACAACAACAGCAUAUUGAAACACCACCACACCAGUCAACACAAAUACAGCAGCAGCCGCAGGUCGCCCAGGAUCCGAAUAAUCAGUCGUUGUUAGCGGCGGUACCUGCUCCAACACCCCCUGACAUACAAGGCACUUUUAGCUCUGAUUCUCCCACAGAAACGAAUGUAAGUGUGCAGAGGCCACGGCGAGGAAGAGCCGUCGAUCACAGGCGGAGAAGACGGCGCCUGUGAGAAAGUACUUAAAAACUCAAAUUGCACAUUACGCACAUUUGGAAUUUUCAGAAUGUGACAAGAAAGUAUUCUCUUUUUCUACUGAAAGUAUUUCUAUAACAAUAAACUGAGUUGUUUGGAGUUUUA